AUGGAUGUAUUAGGUUUGGCGGUGGUGUUGCUGGAGUUGAGCACCAUUGUGAGUAUCAAGGUGUACAUAUUUAAAGAACAGUUGCAGUGUAGGGAUACCUUGUCAGACUACCGGCGUCUUCAUGUUUGGAAAGGCCUGGACAUAUUACAAUGUUUAAGAACCUGUUUAGAUGGUCAGUUCUGCUUGUCCGCGUACUUUGAACGCGAGAAUGGGACGUGUAUUACAAAUGGAUUUGCCCUUCCUGAUGGAGAAAGCACUGACGUCAUAACGGAUGCCACUGGGUUCAGUCUGUUCACGCUGUCAAGCAAAGUGGUCAACUACCCAUCUACGUGUUCGGAAGUUAAGGCUCUGCUGAACGUGACCUCCGACGGGGAGUACUGGAUAUACCCAAAGUCCGCCACCAUGUACGGCAACAGAGCCAGAGUCUACUGCCAUGGCAUGGACACCAAUACUCCGACCGAGUAUCUGUCUCUAGCCAAUGUCAAUGUCGGUGUAUACCCACGUAAACAGAACCGAUGGUGUAGAGGUGAAAGCAAUAGUGUCUCAGGACCAGGCAGACCCGGAAUAACAAGAUUCAGCAAAAUCCGCAUAAGACCAGAGGUGAGCAAUGUUAACAGUACUUUUCACACAUGUUGA